UUGCCUCUAGUCGCCCCCUCACAUCCCAUCUCAAUCGCCUCUGGCCCUCCUGACAAGGAGCUCCAGCUCGAAACCACCCACAGUCAACAAAACCACACACCGUCGACCAAGGUGGCGUUUUACCUGGACACCAGCACACGACCGAACCUACUCGACUCCUGUUACUGCGUGUUACUCGGCAACGAAAUCUGCUACUGCGAGCACUACUACUCCCCGGAUUCCUCCAACGCCUUUUUCGAAUCCGUCACGGAUCCCCCUCCCCCCCUCCAGUUCGCGUGCGCGUCGUCUCCGGUGACAGGAGCUCCGCCGCCGCCGCCAUGGAGAUCACCUACGGCACUUGGUGUCACGGAGUGUCCACUCGGCACCCCCUCCUCUUCUUCGGGGUCGAGCCCGACCCUGAGCCCCUUAAUCGAGAAUGAGAGCGACAGCGGCGGGAGUGGUAGCGGUGGUAGCAGCGGUGUCGUGAGUCCCGUUUCCGUGACUGCGCCCGCGUCCGCUGCUGCUGCUGCUGCUUCCGCCGGUGGCGUCGCUGGGGCUAUUGAUAUCUCCCGUCUGCGGUUCGAGUGCCGCUGGGACCACUGCAGGAAGAUGUUCAAGAGACCGAGCGAUCUGACCAAACACGAACGGUACCACGUUAAGGAGUACCUCUGCCCCUCCCCCGGGUGCGACAAGGCCUUCGCGACGCAGAAGGACCUCAAGCGCCACGGCAAGACGCACGGCACGUCCGACGGUGUCGACGCCGCCGACGCCGAGGGCUACCGGUGCCGCGUCGCCGGGUGCCGCAAGGCCAUGACGGGCCACGUGUACAACCGGCGCGACAACUUCGUCAGGCACCUCCGGACGAAGCACGUCGGGAUGGAGCUCGAGGGGUUCGUUGCGAGGGAGGAGACGAUGAUCAACCCCACCCCCAUGGAGGCCAUCGCCGCCGUGGCGCUCGCCGGGAACGUGGCCCAGUUCCUCGAGUACGCCGUCAAGGGCGUCUCCAAGAUGAACGAGCUGCUCAAGAGCCCGGACGGCACCCUGAAGGAGGACAUCGACUUGAGGCUCAUUGCCGACGGCACGCGUUACUACUCGAAUAGGGUUUCCCUCAACAAGAUUGCAAAGGGCACCGAGACCCGUCUGGAGGACGUCGACGCCGCGCUGGCGACCAAGAACGACAUGAGCUUGAGGUUCGACUCUCCGACGUCCCCCGAGCGCCUCAGGAACGACGAUAUCCUUCAAGAUCUCGUCUCGAGGUGUCUCGCCGUGGCCGGGGAGAUCUUGGGAAUCCUGGAACUCCCCGGGAUCUGGGCGCCGAGGUCGGAUAUCUUUCUUCGGGUCAAGAUCGUCACGAAGACGUUCUUGAAGCGAUCCGAGUUGAAGGAGUUGUGGGAUAAGCUGUGCGCUCUGAGGGAUCAAGUUUCGGCUCAUCUGCUGGUCCUUCUCCUGGAGCAGCAGAGCAGCCUUGACCAGACUGUUCGGAACUUGUGGCUGAUGAGUGAAGAAUCCUACGCAGACAUGGGAAAGAAGUUGGACACAAUCAUACGGGAAAUCCGGGUUGCCAACCAGACACCUCCGCCCGACGCAAUCGUCCACGUGCCAGUCGUGCAAGACGGGGAGCCACCCAGUCCUCAGCAGAGUCUUGAAAAGGUCCUUGUGUUCACAGACUCGAUGCUUUCGGUCGCCGGAAAGAAGAGGAACGGCAUUUUGGAUUCGUUGCACUUCGGCCAGCUCGAGGAGAGAGAAUGGGCCAUACCGGACGCCCAUCGCGAGACCUUUGAGUGGAUUUUCAAAGGCAACUCCGACAAGAGCACGGUCGGCAUGGCCAGCGGCACCUUCAUAGAAUGGCUUCAGCAAGAUGACGGCGUGUUCUGGGUGACUGGCAAGGCGGGCUCGGGGAAGUCCACUCUGAUGAAGUUCCUGACGCACCACGCCAAGACCAACCGCCUCCUCUCGAAGUGGGCAGGCGAUGGCAGUCUCAUCAUUGCCCAACAUUACUUCUGGAGCUCGGGUACUACGAUACAGAAAUCACACGAGGGGCUGCUGCGAGCACUCCUGUUUCAGAUCCUCACCCUUCAAACCGGCCUCAUGCCCGUCGCGUGUCCGAGGCGGUGGAACUCGCCCUCCGCCGACUCUUUCAGCACAUGGAGCCGGGCCGAGCUCCUCGGAGCCUUCGACAACCUGGGCGAGGCGGAGAACGCGACGUGGAAGAUAUGCCUCUUCAUCGACGGCCUGGACGAGUACCACGGAGAUCCCGCCGAGAUGGUCGACAUCGUCCAGCGACUGGAGAAACUGCCCCGCGUCAAGGUCUGCGCGUCGAGCAGGCCGUGGAUCGAGUUCUCCGACGCCUUUGAGAAGCAGAGGUGGAAACUCUACCUGCACGACCUCACGACUGCGGACAUACACAGGUUCGUGCGGGAUAACCUCGCCGGCAACGAGCGGUUCGACGAACUCCAGCGGCGGCGCGGGGAGGAUGCCGAGGCGCUCUCUCUCGAGAUCACCAGACGGGCGCAGGGCGUGUUCCUAUGGGUGUUCCUCGUCGUGCGGUCCCUCGUACGAGGACUGAAGUACGAGGACAACAUCCGAGAUCUCCAGACGAGACUGCGCGGCCUCCCGACGGAUCUGAAGGAGACGUUUGAUAGGAUGUUGGCGACGAUAGAGGACGUGUACAGGGUCCGCACGGCGCGGCUUUUCCUGACCCUGGCCCACGCCGCGAGCAGUUUCCCGGUGGUGGCGUUCUACUUCAUGGAGUUCGGCGACGGGGCGCCGUCCAGGGAGGCUCUGCCUUUCCUCAGGGACUGGCCGGACGUGGACCUGGAGCGGGCGAGGGCGCUGGACGCCAAGAAGCGGCAGCUCGUCGCGCAGUGCAAGGACCUCAUCUUCAUCACGCCGGUGCCGGACACGCCCAAGCUUUUCGACCAGCGGGUCGGCUUCUUGCACAGGACCGUCGUCGAUUACAUCAAGACGGAGGACGUCGCGGCGCAGCUGGCGCGGGUGGCCGGCGGCGGGUUCAACCCGGACAAGAUACUCCUCGACGCCAACGUCGGGCUGCUGAGGUCGCUGGUCCACCAGCACCGUCUGGUGUAUAUCCGUCCGCACCUGAGGCAGUGGGUUCUGGGGGCUCUGUACUACGCCCGGCGGAUCGAGGUCCUUUCGGACCGGGCCGAGGUGGGGGCGUUGGACGAUCUCGAGGCCGUCAUCAUGGGCGCGAACAAGAGCUGGGACUUUGGACAUGCCAUCGCGACUCUGCUCGACCGGACGAGAGACGACAACUUUGAACCGCGGUCCUUUCUGGAGCUGGUCUGCAGGUGCGACAUGGCGUCAUACGUGAGGAGCAGGAUGCCCGAGUUGACGACGGCGGCGUUGGAUACCGCGGCGCCGGGAUGGAGAAGUCUGAUCGACAUCAGGCGAGGUGAGGGGUUUGAGGUGUGCGACUCUGAUAGGAGCGAGCAAUCGCUCGGUGACUGGAGACUUGGAAGGCUAGUCCGGUCAUCGACCAAGAGAGAGGAGCUGCCUGGGUCGAGGGGUCUAUCGCCGCUGCCCGUGGACUCUAGUCAGGCUUCAUCGUUUUCGGAGGACUCUGUACAGAUCGGCGCCGUCGUGUCAAAGGACGGGCCGAAGAGGAGGGAUAGGGUAUCUUCCCGGAUGAGGCACCUUUUCCGGAGGAAAUGA